AUGCCGGCGCAAAGAUCUCAUAAUCCUAACAAAAUAUCAUUGAGAAAAAGCUGCAGAGGUCUCCUACUUGGACCACUGGCGAAACGCUUGAAGCCUUCACGCGCUGAGCUACAGAAGGUAGAGAAAGAGAAGAAGCGAAAGUCACGCCCCCAAGCACCAACAUCAUCGUCGUUAUCGGCAGCAAAAGCUUCGACAUCUUCCGGAGCAAAAAGAUUCACAGCCGUCGCUACAAAUACAGAUUUAUUACUAGAAGCACCAGGCCCUCCUUUAGGGAUUAACGUCGAAAGCCCAAGAGCUCAAGAUCAGACGCUCAUUGCUACCACCCAAAGCAAUAUUGACAAGUCCAACAGCAUUGCCGUCGACCCUGAGUGUCAAAAUCAGGCACAAAAUCUUUAUACGUUUGACUACAAUACUCUCGCUACCUCGUUCCCCUAUUCUGCGCCGUCUUUAUUACCAACAUCGGAAGGGAACGACCAGUGCACUGCCCCGAGCUUUGCCUCCUCUAUCAUCCAAGCAUCGGACUUGGAGCUUGAUAUCAAUGCCAGCUUUCUCCCGCCAGAGCCAACCCAGACUUUCUCCUGGACUGAAUUUUGUGCUCCCUCUAUUCAGAGCCCUCUAGUACCAGAGUACACCCAAAACUUUGGUAACCCCUACGGCUUUACUUGGGCUUCGAACAUGGGAACAUCUCAGCCUGCCCAACAUAAUAUCACACAAGACGUGCAGCAAGGACCACCACCAUCUGCUCCCAAUAUCUCCUCUUCCUCUUCUGCUGGACAGGAGUUGAAUCUAGUCAAAGCAACAUAUGAUGGCGGCUAUUCAACCCGCCAAGUGGUCGAAUUCGAUGGCAGGUCGGAUCUCAACUUCAUAGCCCAAAGUUCUGUUGACAUACUCCAACGUUCAUCUUCUAUACAAGUUAUUAGUGUCCCACCAGGCAUCGGCAGAAAGACACAAUGUCCCAACGGGGCAUUAGUCAACAUCGAACGCAUCUUGUACGCCUGGAUAGAGUUCGAAUCUCCUCACCUUCCCUUCCCCCCUACUCGAGUAUACUUUGUUGUGUACGAUGACUUCGGGGGUGAGGCUGGGAUUCAUAUGACCCUAGGCCAUGAUUGGACUACCAGAAUCAAGUAG